AUGCAACAUUCUGACAUGUACGGAUUGAUCUCACAAGCAUCAAGGAAAUUAUAUGAAUCUGUUAGUAAUGUUGAAUCAUUGAAUCAAUGGAAAAUACAAAUGAUUGAUUUAAUUGAUCAAAUUUCUCAAUUAAAAUUAGCUUCAUCAUUAAUAAAUAAUACAACAAAUAAUACAUCGCUUGAUCCUACUGAUUGGUUAUCAGCUAGAAAUAUCGCACACGAAACAUUAGAUUUAUCUAUAGAACUAAUUCAAUCACGACGAGAUCAUGCUGUAUGGCAACCAAUUCCUGUUGAAGUUCGAGCAACUAUUGAUGAUGAAUCAUUUCCUGAACAAGGUCAACCAUUAUCAGCUAUAUGUCAUGAUACAUUUAAAUAUAUUGUACCAUAUAGUAGAGGCAAUACACAUCCUCGUUUUUGGGGAUGGGCUAUGGGUGAAAGUACAUUGGGUGGUAUACUAGCUGAUAUGAUUAGUUCAAGUAUAAAUAUAAAUGCAGGAGGUUGUACUCAUACUGGUGUACUUGUUGAACGUAAAAUUAUUCAAUGGAUGCGGGAAUUAUUCGGUUUUCCUAAGAGUGAAAAUGGUGGUUUAAUUGUUAGUGGAACAUCUGUAGCUACAAUUAUUUGUAUGGCAACAGCACGUCGUCAAUUUUUAACUAAUGUUAGACAAGAUGGAAUUGUUAAUGGACCACAUUUGAUAGUUUAUACAUCUACAGAAGUACAUAUUUGUAUUGUUAAAGCAUUGGAAUUAUUAGGAUUUGGUUCGAAAGCAGUACAUAAAAUAUCAGUCGAUGAUAAUUUUUGUAUGAAAAUUGAUGAAUUAAAAAAAACAAUAGAAAUUGAUCGUCAAAAUGGUUUAACUCCAUUUUGUAUCGUUGGAAAUGCAGGAACUGUAAAUAUGGGUGCUUUUGAUAAUCUUGUUGAACUUUCAUUAAUUGCUCGUACAGAAAAAAUGUGGUUUCAUGUUGAUGGAGCUUUUGGUAGUUUAGUUAUACUUGAUCCUCAACGUCAUUAUCUAGUACAAGGUGUUGAAUUUGCUGAUUCAUUAGCAUUUGAUUUUCAUAAAUGGCUUCAUUGUCCAUAUGAUGCAGGUUGUGCUCUAAUUCGUGAUGGUACUCAUCUUCAGUCAACAUUUUCUGUACAUCAAUCAUAUUUAGCAAAUGCAGAACGUGGUUGUGCAGGUGAUACACCAUGGUUUUGUGAUUUAGGUAUUGAAUUAUCACGUUCAUUUCGUGCAUUAAAAGUAUGGUUUAUAUUGAAAGAACAUGGAACUAGAAAACUAGGUCAAAAAAUUGCAGAUAAUUGUGAACAAGCUCAAUAUCUAGUAUCAUUAUUAGAAAAAUAUCAACAUUUCAUUUAUAUUAUUCGUCCUGUUCCAUUAAAUAUUGUUAAUUUUCGACUUCUACCUGAAGAAUUAGAUAAAUCUAAUCAUAAAUUGAUCGAUCAAUUUAAUAAUGAUCUUAUUGCUGACAUACAAAUAUCUGGCAUUGCUGUAGCAUCUACAACACGUAUCUAUGAUCGACUUUAUAUACGUGUAUGUAUAAUUAGUCAUCGAAGUACUUUACAAGAUUUUGAUAUUUUUGUCGAUAAUCUUCUUUCAUUAUAUCAUAUUCGAAUUCAAAAUAUGAAUCAAUCAAAAUAUUAA